UUUGGUUCUAUUUCCUUUCCUAUUGAAGAUAGGGAGAGAAAAAGAGAGAGAGAGAGAGAAAUGUCAAAGACGACGUCUUCUUCAACUAAAUCAAACCCCACGACCACUACAACGAUAGUUACGGGAUCGACCCCUAACACUGAUUCCCUGAGUACCUCAUAUCAGACUACACGGAACUAUGCCGAGCUGGACAACAUCUCCCGGUAUCGGGAGAGUCCGUCCUGGAUGGAGCCAUAUUAUGCCACCGAGCGCAUGAAGGAUAGGGAGGGUCAUCGGAGACGUAUUGGGGAUGUUAUUCAGGGGGUGGAGGGUAUUUUGGGUCUGGAACGGAAGCGGUCAUAGGGGAAUUUUCUCGUAUGGUGUGUUGGGAUGGGGCUAUAGAGGUUAUACACUUCAUGUUAAAGUGGUGUAGGGAGAAGGCGUUGGUUUGGGAUGGUUUUAGA